AGAGCCCCAAGAACUAUAGCUGUAAGCUUGCAGGUAGAGAGAGAGAGAGAGAGAGAGAGAUGAGGGUGGCGGUGGUGGGCGCCGGCUUGAGCGGGCUGGCGGCGGCGCACGAGCUGGCGAGGAGCGGCGGCGCGCGCGUGACCGUGUACGAGAAGGAGAGCCACCUCGGCGGCCGCGGCAACAAGGCCGUGGCCGUCGACGACGACGGGGCCGGCGGCCGUGUCCUCGUCGACCUUGGCUGCAUGGCCUUCAACACGAUGACAUGCCCAAACCUGAUGAAAUGGUUUGAAGGGCUGGGGGUGGAGGUGGAGCCAUCGGACAUGUCAUUCUCAGCAUGCAUGCGGUUGGGCAAAGGUGUAGGCUUCGAGUGGGGCAGCCGCAAUGGUGUAUCUGGUGCUCUGGCGCAGAAGAGCAACCUGCUUAGCCCCAGGUUCUGGCUUGUGGUCCGUGAGAUAUUCAAGUUCAAGAAUCAUGCUCUCAGGUACCUGGAGGACCAUGGAAGAGACUCUGACCGCAACGAGACUUUAGGGCAGUUCAUUCAGUCACACAGAUACUCGCAGCUCUUCCAGGAUGCUUACCUUAUCCCAAUGUGUGCAUGCAUCUGGUCCUGCCCGCCAGAUGGAGUAUUGGGCUUCCCAGCUCUCCUUGUGCUCUCAUUUUUCCGCGAUAAUCAUCUCCUUGAGUUGUUUGGUCGCCCGCAGUGGCUCACGGUCAAGGGUGGCUCAGGGUCCUACGUGAACAAGGUCAGGGAAGAGUUGGAGAGCAUGGGCUGUCAAGUAAAAACUGGCUGUGAAGUCAAAUCUAUUUCAAGAUUCAACGAAGGUUAUCGAGUUUCAGACGUUGAUGGUUCGGAGGAGAUGUACGACAGGAUCAUAUUUUGUCUUCACGCUCCUGAUGCUCUAAAAGUACUAGGAGCUGAAGCAACACAUGAUGAACUGAGGGUUCUUGGAGCUUUCAAGUAUAUCAACAGUGACGUGUACUUCCACUGUGAUGAAAGUUUGAUGCCACAUAAUUCCUACGCAUGGAGCUCCAGGAACUUCCUGGGGACAACAAGCAGUGACGUCUGCGUAACCUACUGGCUAAACAUACUUCAGAACAUUGAAUCUUCGAGGCCUUUUCUUGUGACAUUUAACCCUCCUCAUGUUCCCAAUCAUGUAUUGCUCAAAUGGCAAACGAGCCACCCAAUUCCGUCCAUGGCUGCUGCAAAGGCUACCCUUGAGCUCAAUAACAUCCAAGGAAAAAGGGGAAUAUGGUUCUGUGGCCCAUAUCAAGGCUACAGAUUCCAUGAGGACAGUGUGAAGGCUGGGAAAGUAGCAGCUUCAGAAUUGCUUCAAAAGAAAUGUGACCUUUUGGUUAACCCAAAACCAAUGGUCCCAUCAUGGACUGAGGCCGGUGCACGUUUUCUGGUAGCAAGAAAUUUUGAACGAUACAUGACCAUCGGUAACGUGAGCAUGCUGGAACAAGGAGGCACUACGUUUAGUUUUGGUAGAGCAUGUGAAAGAUGCCCUGUAAAAUCUGUGAUACUAGUACAUGACCCGCAAUUCUAUUGGAAGGUUGCAACAGAAGCAGACCUUGGUUUGGCAUAUUCCUACAUCAAUGGCUAUAUCUCAUUUGCUGAUAAGAGGGAAGGCCUUGUGAAUCUUAUAGUGAUUAGUUUUGCUAAUAGAGGUGAAUACAAAAGGUUGAGAAGCAGUGCCAGCAAAAGUAGGAAGGGCUGGUGGGCACCCUUUCUUGGAAUCACUGGAGUUGCAUUUGCAAAAUAUAUUUUGCGUCAUGCCUCAAGGAAGAACUCUGUAUCAAAAGCUGCUAAAAAUAUCUCUAAGCACUAUGAUCUGAGUAAUGAUUUCUUUGCUCUUUAUCUGGAUCCAUCAAUGACUUACUCUUCUGCUAUCUUCAAGGCGGAGGACGAAAGCUUAGAGGCAGCCCAGCUACGUAAACUUGACAGUCUAAUUAAUAAGGCUAAGGUGGAGCCGGGGCAUCAUGUUCUUGAUAUUGGUAGUGGUUGGGGCACUUUAGCUAUACGGUUGGUGAAGAAAACUGGUUGCAAGUACACGGGAAUAACAUUGUCUGAGGAGCAACUGAAAUACUCCAAGAGAAAGGUUAAAGAAGCGGGAUUAGAGGACCGCAUAACUUUCCUCCUUUGUGAUUACCGUCGAAUACCAACUUGCCAUAAGUUUGACAGGAUUAUAAGCUGUGAGAUGAUUGAACAUGUCGGGCAUGAGUACAUGGAUGAUUUUUUUGGAUGCUGUGAGUACCAUUUGGCAGACCAUGGCCUAUUUGUCCUCCAGUUCAUCGCGAUCCCAGAGGAAUUGUAUGACAGAAUGAGGAGGUGGCCCGAGUUUCUGAAGGAAUAUAUCUUCCCAGGUGGCUGCCUACCUUCCCUAGCCAGGGUUGUGUCUGCCAUGACUAAUGCAUCAAGGCUCUGCGUACAACACCUUGAGAAUAUUGGGGACCAUUACUACCCGACUCUGAUGCACUGGAGGGACAAUUUCGUGGCCAACAGAAAAAAAGUUUCUGCCCUGGGAUUCGACGAAAAAUUCAUCCGUACUUGGGAGUACUAUUUGACAUAUUGUGCGGCUUUGUUCAAAUCGCGCACAAUUAUGGACUACCAGAUGGUGUUUUCUCGGCCAGGCGAUGCCAAGUUGCCAAGCUAUCUGACCAUCGAGUAAAUGGAAGAACUUGUGCUUAUGUAUCCCGAUAUGUGUUGGUGUUAACCGUGUUGUUUAUGCUCUCAUGUGAGUUGUAGUCAGUCACGUAUGUGUGUGGAGGAGAUCGAGAAAGUAGGUGCAUGCGUGAGUUGGUUUGAAUAAAGAGGACAUGAUCUGCAUGUAAGUGGUUGCAUGCAGGAAGUCCAUGCAGGUGUGCACUUUGGCUUGGAGGUUUGGCCAAGUGAAACGUGGUCUAAAGAGUGGUUAUUUAAGUCUUGUAA